AAAAUUUAAAGUGUAUCAAAUAUUUUCAAAAUUUUAAAGUAAAAUAUAAAAAUCUUUUUUACUAAAAUACAAAAAAACUCGUCGUUUUAAUCGCCUACGCACAAUAAAAGUGAAAAAUGUGUUCUCCUUGUGGUCCUAUGGUAUGCUACAAAUACGAGGACUGUGGUCCACCAAAAAAGAAGGCCAAUAACGGUGCGGAAAUCGAGGAGGGCGGCGAGGGAAAAACUGAGAAAGAAAACCAAUUAAAGAGAAUAAAAAGUCGAGAAUUGAGAGGAGGCAUUAUGUACUAUAGUUGCCACUGCAUUAAACGCAAUGGGCUGCAGCACGACUGCCGGCGCACGGGGUGCGGCGGCGAGCCGGCGUGUAUGGUGCUACCGGACCCGCUGUGUGCGCCCAGCCAGUUGGCCCGCGCGCGUGGCUUGGCUGACCCAGCGCCUCUCGCCAAGCACUUGGCGGCCGUCUCUGGCAAGGCGGAGGACGGGGCUGCCCCUACGGGCAAGAGAUUUAUUGUUUGUGAACUAAAGAGUAUCGCGCCAAUGGAAACUGGUGGCGGCGCUAAGAGUUGUUGUCGUUGUGCUAAUGACGCUCAGGGUAAAAGUGGAGCGGCAGGCGGCAACGACCCGACGUCGGGGCCGCCUAUUGUGGUGAUGAAACUUUGUUAA